GGAAAGGAAACAGUGUAUUGUUUGGGUCGGCUGGUCCGCUGGUGCUGGUUCUGGCUCUGUACCGGUUUUAUUCUGGUUCUAGACUGGUUCUGGUUCUAGUGUGUGGAACCCGUUCAGUACCCGGAUGUCGGCGCAGGGAGACUGCGAUUUCUUAGUGAAGCGGGCGCGCGAGCUCGUGACUGAGGACCCGUGGGCUGCUAAAGCCUGGCUGAUCACCGCGCGCACCCUGUACCCCACCGACUUCAGCAUCCAGUAUGAGAUGUACAUCAUAGAGCGUAAUGCGGAGAGGACCUCAUCGGCCGGCAGAUUGCUGUAUGACAUAUUUAUCAAUUUCCCUGAUCAGCCGGUGGUGUGGAGGGAGAUCACCGUGAUCACAGCAGCUCUACGGAACGACAGCCAGGAUAAACACGCUCUGUUCCUCAAAGGUGUGUUUGAGACGCUGCCGGGUCAGGUACAGUGUCAGAUGCUGCUGAAAGCUACAGAGCAGUGCUUCAAUACUCUGGAGAAAGCUGAGAUGCUCCUGCUGCUGCUGAAGAGAUUCCCUGAGUCUGUAGUGCAGCAUGGAGUGAGUUUAGGAGAGUCUCUGCUGGAGGCGGAGAAUGUGGAGGACUUGGACACGCCUGUUAACUGUUUCAGAAAACUUUUUGUAUGUGAUGUUCUGCCGCUGAUCAUUAAUAAUAUGGAGAUGCGUUUGCCGGCGAGUCUGCUGCAUAAGUACAUGCACAAAGCUGCAGAGUUCUAUAUCGGCUACGUGACGCGAGGCCCCGGUGCAGACACUCAGAUACAGCCGUCUCCGGAAGUGACCGGGCUGAAGUCUCCCGGAAUGGGGCGGGGCCAGCGCUACGUGAUUGACGGGCUGUCUGAGAAGUCGUCAGUGGUGACGGAGCCGUGGGAGAGGCUGUUGGAGAUAGUGGGCGUGGUCGGGGCACGGUGCGAGUGGCAGGGAGAGAAAGGGAGCAGGACGUAUACGGAGCUGCUGCAGCGGGUGAAGGAGCUGUGCAGGUAUUUACCUGGUCUGGAGGGCGAGACUCUGUCCCGAUGCUGCAGUCAGAUCGUUACCUGCUCCACGCUGGUUCUGUUCCGCAGUGCUCACCACUACAUCUCCACCGUGCAGCCCUCACUGUUCCAGGGUCAUAACGCUCUGGGUGUGACUCCGUGGGUUCUGCUGGAGGAUCUGUCGAGUGUGUUUAAUGAUGUUGAGAUGGACAGAUCCAGUGGAAAACAUGCGCACAAGAAACGCAAACUCGCAGACGGACGAGAGAAACCCAUGAGCUCUGAUGAUGAGGAUGCUCUGGGAAAGGGGCGGGGACGGCACAUCCUGGUGAAUAAGGUGGAGAUGCCGGGGUGGGCGGAGACUUUAGAACAUUUCCGAACAGCGAGAGAGAGCUGGGACCUGCUACACUCCCACGAUGCUCUGGAGUCAGAGUUUAAUAAGAUCUGCAUGGCGUGGAAGACGGAGAGCUGGCUGUGGUUCAGAAUAUUCCUCACAGAUAUGAUCAUCUAUCAGGGUCAUUAUAGAAAAGCUCUGUCCAGUCUGGUCCAGUUAUCGGCUCUGCAGCCCCAACAGAACCAGAACUCUCUCUCAGCAACGUCCAACCUGGAGACCCACCGAGCCUUAAUACAACAAGCAUCCUGCCACUACGCCCUGGGGGAGCACAGGUUGGCGUGUGAGAAGGUGUUGGAGGUGGUCAGUGGUUUGGUACCACAGAACCAAGAACCAGUAAAGCCCAGUGAGGAGCAGGGACGAGUCCGGAACAAACCCAGGAAAGGCAACGACCUGAGGCUGAUUCCGUGCACCAGCAAAGACGUCCUGCCCUUCUGCUUACAGCUGAUGCUGGCCUGUUUCAAGUUACGGGCGUUCUCAGACAGUGGUAGAGACGACCUGGCUCUGGGUCAUGUGAUUGUCCUCCUGCAGCAUGAUUGGCCGCAGGGUGAGGCUCUGUUUCUGAAGGCUGUGGACAGAAUCUGUGAGCAGGGGAGCUUUCAGUACGAGAACUUCUUCAACUACGUCACCAACAUCGAUAUGUUGGAAGAGUUCGCGUAUCUCCGCACAACCGAAGGGGGGCGUGUCCAACUGGAGCUGCUGCCCAAUCAGGGGAUGCUAAUUAAGAACCCCAGCCCCGCCCUGGGGGUGGAGUUAAAUACCCUGCUGCUUCCAGGGGCUCAGAAGGCUGACAGGCACCACACCGUGACCCGCGGCAUCACCAAGGGGGUGAAGGAGGACUUCCGGCUGGCGAUGGAGCGUCAGGUCUCGCGCUGUGGAGAGAACCUGCUGAACGUCCUCCAUCGCUUCUGCAUCAACGAGAAGAUCAUACUGAUCCAGUCCCUCCCCUGACCUUCAGCCAAUCACAGCGCUGCUCAUCUCCCUUUAUAUAAGGUGUCUAUAAUAACAGUGUGCUCUCGGACUUUGGGAGAGAUCGUAUGUUUUUUAAUGUUAUGGACAGAAUUUCUGACUUACAAUAUUUCCAGCUUUAAAAUUCAUAACCUUCAUUUUUAUUGAUUUCAAAUUUAUUUAUAGACUCAUCACCAUGACUGAAACACAGAUAUGUAGACAUUUCAUUACCGUAUUUUUCAGACUAUAAGGCGCACUUAAAAUCAUUUUUCCAAAUUUUUACAAACAUUUUACCAGGAGCAGUAAAGACAAUCCACUGAAGCACAGCGUUAUACAGUUCUACAGCGUUUCAGUGAAGAUUCUCCAGCACUAAGGCUAGAGCAGUAUUAGCAUUAGCUGCUAACCGCACUAAGCAUCAACUCUUUUACUGUUCAUAGGUGAGUAUUAUCAUCCUGUAGCCUGCUUCUAACUCCAGCUAGCAUUAGACACUAACUGUGCUAGCGCCCUGGCUUACCAGAACAUUCAGGGCACCUUAUUAGCGUUGUGUAAUGCGCCUCAUAAUCUGGUGCUCCUUAUAUAUGAAAAUAAGUCAGAAAAUAGACCUUUAUUACUGUAAAAACGGUGCGCCUUAUAGUGCAUAAAUACGGUAAUAGUGGAAAUAUGAGAGAAAUACAUUUCUAUUGGUAGCUAAUUUGGUGCACGACUUAAAAACCAGAUUCCUCCCUGUAAUUAAUCACAGUUUAAAGGAAAACUUUGAUGUGAAAUCAGCUUCCCGUCAUUUUCAAAUGCUUUAAGCCGAUGCUUCCAACAGGCCUACAGUGCUAUUGAUGGGGCAUAAUGUUCCCCAUGCAAAGAAAUCACUAUUAACAACCUCAAAGUAGCUCCACAAACUUCAUUCUGACUUUUAAAACAAUAAAACAAUAAUGCUGGUCAUCCAGAAGUUCAUGUGCACGUCUGUGUUCAUUUACAUUUACACAAUAAUGGACUCUUUCACAAUAAUGUUCAAUUUCUAAUAAUGUUUAUUAUGUACACCUUAAAUAAAGCUGGACUUUAGAGAAGCAUUUAGAGAAAUUAACAACAGAUUAUUUUUGCAAUUGUGUAAAAAAAAAAAAAGAAAGAAAAAAAAAACACUUGAAAGUGUUUCAGACCAUGACUUUAUAUUACAAUUAUAUUCCUGCAUAUUUCCAGUUGUUUGGAAUUCUCUGAUGUUUUUUUUGUGUAUGAACUGUAAUAAACUGCUUGUUUUGUAUUUGA